AUGAGUGAACCGCUACCUAUAAAAUUCCAAGAGCAUGCACAACUGCAAUCUCUUGGUGUCAAUGCCGCGAGUAUUGGCUUCAACACGCUGACCAUGGAAUCUGAACGGUUCAUUUGCGUGCGUGAGCAAGUCAAUAAUGCCAACCAGGUGGUCAUCAUCGACCUUCAGAAUAACAAUGAAAUCAUGAGACGACCUAUUACGGCUGAUUCCGUUAUUAUGCACCCCACUACCAAAGUGAUGGCGCUCAAGGCUGCACGACAGCUUCAAGUGUUCAAUCUCGAGAUGAAGUCCAAACUCAAGUCGCAUAUGAUGCAUGAGGAUGUUGUUUUCUGGAAGUGGAUCAACUUGAAGACGCUUGGUUUGGUGACCGAAACCGCCGUCUAUCAUUGGUCUAUCGAAGGCGAUGCUCCUCCCGCCAAAGUGUUUGACAGACAUUCGAGCUUGGCUGGUUGCCAAAUUAUCAAUUAUCGAAGUUCCACAGACGAAAAAUGGCUCGUUCUCAUUGGUAUUUCCGCUCAGCAAGGCCGUGUCGUCGGUUCCAUGCAGUUAUACUCCAAGGAUCGUGGCGUCAGUCAACCUAUCGAAGGUCAUGCUGCUGCCUUUGCCGAGUUGCGUCUCGAAGACUCUCAGACUCCCACCAAACUCUUCACAUUUGCUGUUCGUUCUGCCAAUGGUGCAGCCAAGUUGCAAGUCAUUGAAGUCGAUCAUCAAGAGGGUAACGCUCCUUUCCAAAAGAAGGCUGUCGAUGUAUUUUUCCCACCGGAAGCCGCCAGUGAUUUUCCCGUCGCUAUGCAAAUUAGUCACAAAUACGGUAUCAUUUACCUUGUUACAAAGAUGGGCUUCAUUCACUUGUACGAUUUGGAAACCGGCACUUGUAUUUAUAUGAACCGUAUCAGUGGCGAUACCAUUUUCGUCACGGCUGAAUACGAACCGACGUCCGGUAUCAUCGGUGUAAACAAGAAGGGUCAGGUGUUGUCUGUCUCCUUGGAUGAGAAUACCAUCAUUCCUUAUAUUAUCAAUACAUUGAACAACACCGAGUUGGCGCUGAAGCUGGCUUCGCGAGGCGGUCUUUCCGGCGCUGAUGACUUGUACAUUCAACGUUUCAACCAACUCUUCUCGUCGGGCGCCUAUGGCGAAGCUGCCAAAGUAGCGGCCAAUUCUCCCAGGGGCAUACUUCGUACAGUCCAAACCAUUGAGCGAUUCCGACAAAUUGCAGCCACGCCCAACCAGUUAUCUCCUAUUUUGCAGUAUUUCGGUAUCUUGUUGGAAAAGGGCGGCCUCAACAAAUAUGAAUCCUUGGAGCUUGCCAAACCUAUUUUGACUCAAAACCGCAAGCCUUUGCUUGAAAAGUGGCUAAAGGAAGAUAAAUUGGAAUGCAGUGAAGAGCUUGGUGACUUUGUGAAACAAUACGAUUCCGUACUUGCUUUAUCCGUGUAUUUGCGCGCCAAUGUUCCUAACAAGGUGGUGGUCUGCUUUGCCGAGAACCGACAAUACGACAAGAUUCUUGCCUAUGCCAAGACGGUGGGGUUCACUCCCGAUUACAGCUCCUUGCUCUACAACGUUGCCCGUACCGAUCGUGAUAAGGCCGCCGAUUUUGCUGCCGCUCUUGUCAACGAUGAGAACGGUCCUCUCAUUGAACCCGAUAAGGUUGUCGAUGUGUUCCUUUCGCAAAACAUGAUCCAGCAAGCGACUUCCUUCUUGUUGGAUUAUUUGAAGGGUGAUCGUGAGCAGGAUGCGGCUUUGCAAACCCGUGUUCUGGAAAUGAAUUUGAUCCACGCUCCCCAGGUGGCGGAUGCUAUUCUGGGAACUGGCAUGUUGACGCACUAUGAUCGUGUCUUGAUCGGUUCGCUUUGUGAAAAGGCUGGAUUAUAUCAGCGUGCGCUUGAACAUUACUCCGACAUUCACGACAUCAAACGCAUUAUUCCUCACACCCAUUUGAUGCAAGCGGACUGGCUUGUCAACUACUUUGGCAACCUAUCCGUUGAUCAGACAUUGGAAUGUCUCAAGGAGAUGUUGACCAAUAACCUUCGUCAGAACCUCCAAGUGGUGGUACAAAUAGCCAUCAAGUAUUCUGAGCAAUUGCAAGCUCAUAAUCUCAUUGACUUGUUUGAAUCAUUCAAGAGCAACGAAGGAUUGUACUAUUACUUGGGCUCCAUUGUCAACGUCAGCCAGGAUCCUCUUGUCCAUUUCAAAUAUAUUCAAGCUGCCUGCCGCACUGGCAAUAUCCGCGAAGCCGAACGUAUCUGUCGUGAAAGCAACUACUAUGAUGCGGAGAAAGUCAAGAACUUUUUAAAGGAAGCUAAAUUGAGUGAUCAACUUCCUUUGAUCAUUGUUUGCGAUCGCUUUGGCUUUGUGCAUGAUCUCGUGUUGUACCUCUACCAUAACAACCUCCAAAAAUUCAUCGAAGUGUAUGUUCAAAAGGUGAAUCCUUCUCGUACACCUGAAGUGGUGGGCGGCUUAUUGGAUGUGGGUUGUGAUGAAGAUGUGAUCAAGAAUCUUCUCAUGUCUGUCAAGGGGGAUAUUCCGGUUGGCAAGUUGUGCGAGGAAGUCGAACAGCGAAACCGCCUCAAGUUGCUUUUGCCCUGGCUCAAUCUUCGUGUCACCGAAGGCAGCCAAGAUCCCGAAGUAUACAACGCAUUGGCCAAGAUUUACAUUGAUACCAACAACAAUCCUGAACCAUUUUUGAAGGAGAAUGAGUUCUACCAACCUCGAGUGAUUGGUCGCUACUGUGAGAAGCGCGAUCCCUAUCUGGCUUACAUCUGUUACGAAAAGGGACAGUGUGAUUAUGAACUUAUCAACAUCACCAAUGAAAACUCCAUGUUCAAGCACCAGGCCCGUUAUUUGGUGCAUCGUCGUGAUCAAGAUCUCUGGAGCUUUGUUCUUCAGGAAAACAAUGAUAACCGUCGCGAAUUGAUCGAUCAGAUCGUGGCCACGGCUCUUCCCGAGUGCACCGAUCCUGAUGAUGUGUCUACGACCGUCAAGGCUUUCAUGACAGCCAACUUGCCUAAUGAAUUGAUCGAACUUUUGGAAAAGAUCGUGUUGGAAAGCAGUGCCUUUAACGAUAACAAGACCUUGCAAAACUUGUUGAUCUUUACUGCUGUCAAGGCUGAUCCUACGCGUGUCAUGGACUAUAUUUCGCGCUUGGAUAACUUUGACGCUUCCGAUGUGGCCGAAGUUUGUAUCGGUGAAAACUUGAACGAGGAAGCAUUUGCCAUUUUCAAAAAGUACAACGUGAAUGCCAACGCUGUCAAUGUGCUCAUUGAAAAGAUUGGCGAUCUUGACCGUGCCUACGAAUUUGCUGAACGAUGCGACCAGCCUGAGGUGUGGAGCAAGUUGGCCAAGGCUCAAUUGGAUAAUAUGCGUGUGAAGGAAGCCAUUGAUUCCUAUAUUCGUGCCAACGAUACUUCCAAUUACAUGGAGGUCACUCAGAACGCUUCGAUGGACGGCAAAUGGGAAGAUCUCGUGCGUUAUUUGCAGAUGGCUCGCAAGCAGUCGCGUGAGCCUUUCAUUGAAACCGAACUGUUGUACGCUUACGCCAAGACGGACCGCCUGGCUGAUUUGGAAGACUUUAUUGCUUCGCCCAACAUUGCUCAGAUCCAGCAAGUCGGUGAUCGUUGUUUCCAAGCUCACAUGUUCGAGGCGGCCAAGAUCCUUUACAGCAGCAUUUCCAACCACGCUAGCUUGGCCACGACUUUGGUGCAACUCAAGGACUACCAGGGUGCUGUCGAUUGUGCUCGCAAGGCCAACAGCACCAAGGUGUGGAAGGAAGUGAAUGCCGAAUGUAUUUUGCAGCACGAAUUCCGUCUUGCCCAGAUUUGCGGUCUUCACAUCAUUGUUCACGCCGAAGAAUUGGAAGCGUUGGUCAAGACAUAUGAAAACAAUGGUUUCUUUGAAGAAUUGAUCAAGCUUCUGGAAGCCGGUCUUGGUUUGGAACGCGCUCACAUGGGUAUGUUCACGGAACUUGCCAUUUUGUAUGCCAAGUAUGCUCCCGAGAAGAUGAUGGAACAUUUGAAACUGUUCGUAUCCCGCAUCAACAUUCCCAAGGUCAUCAAGGCGUGCAAUGACGCUCAUCUUUGGCGCGAAGUCGUGUUCUUGUAUGUGCACUACGAUGAAUUCGAUAAUGCGGUGGUGGCCAUGAUGGAUCAUGCUACCGAUUCUUGGGAACAUUCCGCUUUCAAGGAUAUCAUUGUCAAGGUGUCCAAUGUCGAACUGUACUACAAGGCCCUACGUUUCUAUCUCAACGAGCAUCCUUUAUUGCUGAACGAUCUUUUGGCGGUGAUGGUACCUCGUAUCAAACAUACUCGUGUGGUGCAACUGUUUGAAAAGUCGGAUAACAUUCCCUUGAUCAAACCUUACUUGGUGUCUGUGCAAGAAACCAACAACAAGGCGGUCAACGGUGCUUUGAACGAACUGUAUAUUGAAGAAGAAGAUUACGAGUCUCUGAGAGAUUCGAUCGAUAAUCACGAUAACAUUGACACCUACGACCUUGCUCAACGCCUGGAGAAACACGAAUUACUCGAGUUCCGACGAAUUGCCGCCCAUUUAUACAAGAAGAACCGACGAUGGAGACAAUCGAUUGCGUUGUCCAAGGAAGAUCGCUUAUUCAAGGAUGCCAUGGAAACCGCGGCGGAAUCCAAAGAUCGCGAUGUGGCCGAAGAAUUGCUCCAAUACUUUAUCGAAGUUGGCAAGCGAGAAUGCUUUGCUGCUAUGCUGUAUACUUGUUACGACUUGAUGAGACCUGAUAUCGUGAUGGAACUCGCCUGGCGUCACGGUCUCAAUGAUUUUGCUAUGCCCUAUAUGAUUAAUACUUUGAAGGAACAGUUCAGCAAGAUUGAAAUGUUAGACAAGGAUGUGAAGGAUCUUAAGGAGAAGAUGAGCAAGCACGAAAGUGAGAAUGAAAAUGCAUCCAAUGUUCCUGCUAUUGCCGGCGCAGGGUUAGGCAAUCCUCUGAUGUUAACCGCUGCCCCCACCGGAGGUUCUCUACCUCAACAACAAUCUCCCAUUAACUGGGGUUAA